AUGUUGGUGCCAAAAAUGAAGAAGAAGCGGAGGCGUCCAGCGUCAAUACUUAGAAAAGAGCUGCCACCAGAGAAGAGAGCACGUGAGCACGGAUUUGUCGCUCCCCGUUUGCCUAUUCAUGAUGUGGAGUUUCAAAUUAUGGAGGCUCUCAACAGCCAUGAAACAGUUGUUCUUAUUGGAGAAACGGGUUGCGGAAAGAGUACACAAGUUCCGCAGUUUUGCGUCCGAAUUGGGUUGGCUAAGAAAGGGAGAGUUGGUAUAACUCAACCGCGACGACUAGCGGCCGUUUCGCUUGCCAAUCGAGUAUCUAUGGAAGUCGAUUCGCCUUUGGGACGGAAGGUUGGGUACCAUGUCAGAUUCGAAAAGGAGAUGUCAGAGGAAACGGAAAUUGUUUUCUUGACUGAUGGUAUUUUACUACGAGAAGCCAUUCAUGAUCCUUUGCUGAGAGAAUACAGUACUAUACUCGUCGAUGAAGCUCAUGAGCGUAGUCUUCAUACUGAUAUUUUAUUGAACGUGUUGCGGUUGUGCCAGCGGCAACGUAAAGAAUCAGGCAUGCUUCCCCUUCGUAUAGUCAUAAUGUCCGCUACGCUCGAAGCUAAACUCUUCUCUAGUUACUUCAAUGAUGCUCCCGUUUUUGUUAUCAAAGGUCGAGCUUUCCCUGUCGAGGUCUUUCACGCUGAGCUCAAUCCCGAGAAUGCAGACUACGUCUUCAAUGCUCUUGUUUGCAUCAAAGACUUACAUCAAGAAGAACCUAUAAGUGAUCACUUUCUUGUCUUCUUGACUGGUCGUGAAGAGAUCAUGUGUGCAGUAAGAAAACUGAAAGAGCUGAGUGAGCACUUCACCUCUCCAAUCUAUCCUGUUCCCCUGUUUGCAGCGAUGAGCAGUGUUGCUCAAAUGAAGGCGUUCGAUCCACCACCGGAGGUUUGUCAGAACGCUGAAUACUUUUGUUUAUUUCAUAUUCUAUCUAUAGUAGAAUGCCGUUAUUCUUUGCAUUUUUUGCUUGAAGUGCAAGGGUGUAGCAGUUUUAUUUUGGCAUUGUAUUUAUUAGAACUUCUACUGUAUUCAUUCAUCUCGAAAAUCGUGAAAUUCUAG